UAUAUUACGUCUCAUUUCUAUUUCUCUUAUCGUAUUUCGUUUACCUCUAAUAGUAACCGUCACAACGCCAUUGCCGCCAACAAUCGAAUCUACUAUCGAGUCUACUGUCACCGAUUUGAGCACGACAGAGGAAGAGGAUAAGGUGGAGAUGCCAAGUGUACCGCUGACCGAGCAGGUUAUGGACCACAACAUACGUGUGAGCGAUGUGCCCGAUGUGGAUCCGGAGGCGACGAACGUGCCGGAUUCGAGCUUGGACAGGAACCGGGUGAUUCGCGACGUGGCAUAUUUUAUUCGCGCCCAUAAGUUUCACGAUUACGAUCAUCGGUACUUCAAGAGCGCGGAGGAGGCUACGAGCAAGCUGUACGAGGACUUCCCAAAACCCGGUCUAAGGUCUCUGCACUGGGAGGUGCGUAAACACUGCAAGGCGAGUUUCGUCGAGUGCCUCAAGUAUCUCGAAAGGAUCAUUAGGCUUACGGUCUUCAGGCGCGAGAACGACACUGUCACAAUCAUGAGGAAGCAAAAAUGGAACCUGGUGAACAAUACCGAACAGAUCAUGGCCGUACAACGAGACUGUCAGACAGCCCAAAGGCGGGAUUAUCUCACCGUAGUUCCAUUUCAGGGCCCAAUCGAACGCUUCCAAUGGCGCACUACCGUCAGCUAUUAUAUGUGCUGGUACACGAUGCUAGAAGUCCCAGACUUAGCUACCUUCGGAGAGCCCUGUGACAAUCACGCCAACUGUCUUGAUGAAUACGACGUUCAUAACAAGGAUCCACGAGCGGACGACACGAAAUCGUAUGCCUGUGCCUUGUACAGUUUCUGCCCGGACCAUUGUUGUCCCAUGAAGCACAUCCGGUACAUGAAAGACUGUUAUCAGUCGCAGAGCAAUCCUUGCUACGUUGAGAAUCAACCAGCGCAUCGAAAAUGCACGCUGAACCAGGACGAGAAUCGCGACUUCCAGGCGCUCAGGGCGAAUCAGAUUAAUGUGAGUUGCGAAUGUCAUAGUCGCGGUUAUGAGUGGUCCUCCAGAUUCGGGAUGUGCGUCGAUGUGAACGAGUGCGUCCGAGGUACACACAAUUGUACGCAGAACGCUGAGAGUUGCCUUAAUCUGCCCGGUUAUUACGUUUGCGUCUGCCGACUUGGCUACAUCUACAACUCAGAAAUAGGACAAUGUGUUCACAGUCCGGACAUUGAUAGAGUGUUAAAAGGUUACGUGGAAAAACCAAAAGCCGCAAAAACGAAAAAUCUGCUCGCCAAGAUCGCCCGAAUUAUUGCCAGAUCUGCCGGAAGUAGUUAUGUACAUAACUACAGGGUCCAUUUUUCAUUGAUUUUAAUCAUAUUGAUCUUAAAUUGUACAGUGUCAUAUGAAUUUUGCUUCGACCUUUUAAAUUUGGAUCCGAAGUCAACAAUGCAGUGGAGCUGA